ACUCUGUACACAAUGCGUCGUCGAGAUGUCCGGACAGCAAACCAUCUUGCAGCAUCCCACCACGAUGGACAAGAUCGAACGGAGCAAACCAAAAACGUUCGCGUUCGAUCACUGUUUCUAUUCACUGGACCCGAGCUCGGAACAUUUUGCGAGUCAAGAUGUGGUGUUCGAUGCCCUGGGACGCGACAUUCUGGACAAUGCGUUCCAAGGGUACAACGCCUGUAUUUUCGCUUACGGCCAGACCGGGUCCGGGAAGUCGUACACGAUGAUGGGAAGCGGGGACAACAAAGGCAUCAUCCCACGGCUGUGCGACAACCUCUUCGACAUGAUCGCGAAACAGCAGAGCUCAGAGCUCACCUACAAGGUCGAGGUCUCGUACAUGGAGAUCUACAACGAGAAGGUGCACGAUCUGCUGGAUCCAAAGCCGAACAAGCAGUCGCUGAAAGUCAGGGAACACAAUGUCCUGGGCCCAUACGUGGAUGGACUUAGUCAGCUCGCAGUCACAUCCUUUCAGGACAUCGACAAUCUGAUGGCGGAGGGCAACAAGUCGAGGACGGUGGCCGCAACGAACAUGAGCGGUGUCAGCGGGGAGAAGGUCUCGCGGAUGAGCCUGGUGGACUUGGCAGGGAGCGAAAGGGCUGUGAAAACUGGGGCGGUGGGCGAUAGACUUAAAGAAGGAAGCAAUAUAAACAAAUCCCUAACGACGUUGGGUCUAGUCAUUUCGAAGCUGGCGGAUCAGAAUUCCGGAAGUAAUAAGAAUAAGGACAAGUUCGUGCCGUACAGGGACUCCGUCCUAACAUGGUUGUUGAAGGAUAACCUUGGCGGAAAUAGUAAGACCGUAAUGGUAGCCACUAUAUCUCCCGCCGCGGAUAAUUACGAGGAAACGCUUUCUACCCUACGAUACGCAGACAGGGCCAAGAGAAUCGUUAAUCACGCGGUGGUCAACGAGGAUCCAAACGCAAGAAUCAUUCGGGAAUUGCGACAGGAGGUGGAGACACUGAAGGAGAUGCUGUUACAUGCAACUGGACAAGGAUCGAUAGUUGGCCAGCAACGCACAGACAUAACAGAGAAGCUGUCGGAGUCGGAACGAUUAAUGAAGGAAAUGUCGCAAACGUGGGAAGAGAAGCUGGUGAAAACCGAGAGGCUGCAGCAUGAGAGACAGCAGGCCUUAGAGAAAAUGGGAAUUAGCGUCCAAGCCUCUGGUAUCCAAGUAGAAAAGAACAAGUAUUACCUCGUUAAUCUGAACGACGAUCCAAGCUUGAACGAGCUGCUAGUUUAUUAUCUGAAGGAAAGGACCCUGGUUGGAGGACGAUCAGCUAAGACAGACCAAGAUAUUCAACUGCACGGGCUUGGUAUUCUACCUGAACACUGUGUCAUCACGAUAGAGGAGACUGGUCUCUAUAUGACGCCAUUAAACGGUGCUAGGUGUUUCGUGAACGGCACUCAGGUAGUGGAGAAAACGCCGCUGUUACAUGGCGACAGGAUCGUCUGGGGAAAUCAUCAUUUCUUCCGAGUGAAUUGUCCCAGAAGCGCAACAGCGAUCAACAGCGAGCCUCAAACGCCAGCGCAGAAUAUCGAUUACACCUUUGCAAGGGAAGAACUGAUGCUUAACGAGCUGUCGAAUGAUCCUAUUCAAAGAGCCAUCGCUAGACUCGAGAAGCAGCAUGAGGAAGAUAAACAGGGACAAGGAUCGAUAGUUGGCCAGCAACGCACAGACAUAACAGAGAAGCUGUCGGAGUCGGAACGAUUAAUGAAGGAAAUGUCGCAAACGUGGGAAGAGAAGCUGGUGAAAACCGAGAGGCUGCAGCAUGAGAGACAGCAGGCCUUAGAGAAAAUGGGAAUUAGCGUCCAAGCCUCUGGUAUCCAAGUAGAAAAGAACAAGUAUUACCUCGUUAAUCUGAACGACGAUCCAAGCUUGAACGAGCUGCUAGUUUAUUAUCUGAAGGAAAGGACCCUGGUUGGAGGACGAUCAGCUAAGACAGACCAAGAUAUUCAACUGCACGGGCUUGGUAUUCUACCUGAACACUGUGUCAUCACGAUAGAGGAGACUGGUCUCUAUAUGACGCCAUUAAACGGUGCUAGGUGUUUCGUGAACGGCACUCAGGUAGUGGAGAAAACGCCGCUGUUACAUGGCGACAGGAUCGUCUGGGGAAAUCAUCAUUUCUUCCGAGUGAAUUGUCCCAGAAGCGCAACAGCGAUCAACAGCGAGCCUCAAACGCCAGCGCAGAAUAUCGAUUACACCUUUGCAAGGGAAGAACUGAUGCUUAACGAGCUGUCGAAUGAUCCUAUUCAAAGAGCCAUCGCUAGACUCGAGAAGCAGCAUGAGGAAGAUAAACAGGUCGCGUUAGAAAAGCAAAGACAAGAGUACGAACGCCAGUUUCAACAGCUUCGCAACAUUUUGUCACCAUCGACACCAUAUUCUCCUUACGUACCAUACGACCCCCUAAGAGGUAGUCAAAGCGGUAAACUUCCUGCUUGUACACCGACUACGCAAAUGCGAGUAGAGAAGUGGGCCCAAGAAAGGGACGAGAUGUUCAAGAGGAGUUUAGGUCAAUUGAAAGCGGAUAUUUUGAAAGCGAAUGCCUUGGUACAGGAGGCCAACUUCUUGGCGGAAGAGAUGGGGAAGCAAACGAAGUUUAGCGUCACCCUGCAAAUUCCACCAAACAAUUUAAGUCCAAACAGAAAGAGUGUAUUCUUUCAGCGGGGCGCUUUUGUCAGCGAGCCUGCCAUUCUAGUGAAAAGGACAAACAUGGGCAGUCAGGUAUGGUCCAUGGAAAAAUUAGAAAACAAAUUAGUCGACAUGCGGGAUAUGUACGAGGACAGAAAAGAUCCCAACAAUUGUCAACGAUUACCUGCCAUUAAGGAUGAAGUGCCGGGAAAAACUCAAGAUCCAUUCUACGAGUCCCAGGAGAAUCACAAUCUCAUUGGAGUAGCGAAUAUUUUCUUAGAAGUUCUAUUCCAUGAAGUUCGGUUAGAUUAUCACACGCCAAUUAUCAGCCAACAGGGAGAAGUCGCUGGACGACUGCAAGUCGAAAUAAGUCGCAUAUCUGGUCACUUUCCUCAGGAUCGUAUCUGCGAGGCAGCAUCCGAAUCAUCAGCUGACUCGACCUCUUCAGAACCUGAGGACUACUCUGGCUCCAGUCACAUCAUUUGUCGUGUGACCAUAAAGCAAGCAACUGGUUUGCCUUUGUCUUUGAGCCAUUUUGUAUUUUGUCAGUAUAUGUUCUGCGGCCAUCCAGAUCCCAUAGUGGUCCCAGCCGUAGAUAACUCAGAACAACUCAACUCGAAUUGCCAGACUGGUCAGAGAGAUUCGCUAGUGUUCAAAUUCAAUCAUACAAAAGAUUUUACCGUACCCAUAACAGAGGAGUUUAUCGAACACUGUGGUGAAGGGGCCUUAAGCAUAGAAGUUUGGGGACAUCGAAGUGCUGGAUUUUCCCGAAGCAAACCAGGCUGGGAAGUCGAGCAGCAACUUGCCAAAGCUAGAUCUCUGGCUGACCGAUGGUCGGAAUUAACACGGAAAAUCGAACUGUGGGUUGAAAUCCAAGAACUCAAUGAGCAAGGAGAAUAUUCACCCGUGGACGUGAUUGUGAAGCAAGAUACAUUGACAGGAGGUAUUUAUCAGUUACGUCAAGGACAACAACGACGAAUACAAGUUCGUGUGAAACCAGUACAAAAUUCAGGAACAUUGCCCAUCAUCUGUCAGUCUAUAUUAAAUAUCGCAGUUGGUAGCGUGUCUGUGAGAAAUCGUCUACAGAUUCCACUGGACAGUUAUCAGGAUGAAGAUUUGAGUAUACUGAGAGAAAAAUGGAGUGAAGCCUUGAUGAGGAGAAGACAGUACUUGGAUCAACAAAUACAAAAACUUAUCAAUAAACAAGAUAAAACUGAACAGGAUAUAGAAAGAGAACAAAGUCUCGUAGAUCAAUGGGUGAGCUUAACAGAAGAAAGAAAUGCAGUGUUAGUUCCUGCAGCAGGAUCAGGAAUCCCUGGUGCUCCUGCUGACUGGAACCCUCCAGCAGGCAUGGAACCACAUAUUCCUGUUCUAUUUCUUGAUCUCAAUGCUGAUGAUCUCUCGACUCAUCAGUCAGGGGAAGAAGUUUCUGUAACUGGAUUGAAUUCCAUCUUACCUAAGGAACAUGGCAAUAAAUUCUACAAUUUACCCAUAAUUCGUCGUAUAGAGAAAGAUGUGUGCGCCAUCGCUGCCUGGGACUCCAGUAUACACGAUAAUAUACAUCUAAAUAAAGUGACAGAUGCAAAUGAACGAGUAUUUUUGAUUCUGAAGACAACGGUACGCCUCUCGCAUCCGGCACCAAUGGACCUUGUUCUACGUAAACGAUUGGCCUUGAAUAUCUACAAACGACAAAGUAUCACGGAUAGAAUUUUCAAGAGAAUCGUUCGUACUGACUGUUUGACCCAAACUGGAGUCACCUAUGAGGUUGUGUCUAAUAUACCAAAGGCUAGCGAAGAACUGGAGGAUCGCGAGAGUUUGGCGCAAAUAGCUGCCAGUGGUGAAGACAACAGCUUAUGCGAUGGUGAAACUUACAUUGAAAAAUAUACACGCGGUGUCUCUGCGGUGGAAAGUAUCUUAACCUUAGAUCGAUUACGACAAAGUGUCGCAGUGAAGGAAUUACUACAAGCACAAGGUCAACCACUUAUGCGCAAAACAGCAAGCGUACCCAACUUCUCGCAGGUACUACUGCCUCUUCGCCGUCUCGGACGCACUAUCAUGAGAUCCGAUACUUCGAUGGACUCCUUGAACGUCACGCGUUCUGAAAGCGUGACUGAUCUCAACACCGAGUUGAAUGGACUACUUCAUUCACGACGUGCAUCCACGGGUCACACCAGAAACGAUGAGAAUUUCGUUUCUGCGCCGACUAAACCAUUCGGAAUCGCAUCUCCAAAUAUGGUGGGCGGCAAGCUGGGUCUACGAAUGACCACCCUGCAUGAGGAAACGUCGAAUACCGGGAAUCAACUUUCAACGCCUGUCCACGAUGAAGAUGAAGAGAAGAGUGACGCUGAUUACUUGGAAUAUGACUCGUAUCAGGCACCGGCGAAACCAGUAAAACCGCUAACUUCUUCACGCACACUGGAUUCUCUCGUCGAACUUCAAUCGACGAAGAUCAACACGCCAAGCAUGAGCAGUAGUGGUUACGGUUCCCAAGCAGUGUCUACGACCAACCUCACGUCAGAGGAUUCGAUCUCUGUCAAGUCCAUCAGCGUGGACGAGACGCCUGACUUAGAGUACAGAAACCUAUUGGACAACAAGAAACCGGAACGGAUGGAUAGCUCCCUGGUCGAAGAAACGCCUGAAGAAUACAUGGGUGAAGUGACUAACGCGUUGGGCAAAUUGAACGUGAUGGAGAACACUUGCGUCGAGGAGAAUACUAGGAAGAACUUGGAAGAAACAGGCGCCUAUUUAGACGCAGAUAUUGACAGUCCAGUUUCUUCAACGAAAAGCGACAGUGAUGCUAAUACCAAUGUAACGCAUACCAGCUCUACUCAGAAGAAGGAUGUACCAAGCCAGGGUUUGAGUAAUAGAAGGAAAAGCGACAUGGAAAUUAGUCAGGCAUCAAAUUCUGGAGAGGACAGUCCUUUGGAGGGUAGCUCAGUUGUGCACACCAAGCUACCACCAGGCAAGGUCGUGCGACGAAGAAAAUGUUCUGCCAGCACAGGAAGGCCUACAAGUUCUCAGCACAGGGCUUCAUUUCCCAUGGUCCGUCCACAACUUUCAGAGAGCAAAGUUGCAGCACGCUUAGAACAAUCAAUGCAACAUAAUAUGCCAUAUGAAAACGGUGACAACAGCUCCUCUGAACGAAUCGAUGAUGAUGUAAGCGACAAAAGCUCAGCUUUCGGUUCAAGACACGAUUUAAGCAGAGUCGAAACUCCACUCCCAGAUUGGGUUGUAAUUGGUGAAUCAGUAUUAGUUCGCCCAUACAGCUAUUCCGGUGUCAUAGCAUACGUUGGCCCAACAGAAUUUGCAUCUGGAACAUGGAUAGGAGUUGAACUUGACGCCCCGACUGGUAAAAACGAUGGUGCUGUGAAUGGCCAUAGGUACUUCACGUGUCGACCGAAAUGCGGAAUCUUUGUCAAAGUGGACAAACUAAUUCAAGACAAAAGGGGCCGAGCACUUAGAAAUUAUACCAAUGUCCCUCAACCUGCACCUAUGCGCAGAAGUGUUAGCAGAGGUGAGGGUUUACAUUCCUUGCACCGAAGUCGGAGCCGAGGAGAGGGCCUUUCAACAACAGGCACACGAUCUUCUCCACGGGGCAAGUAAACGGAUCACAACACCGCUUCACCGUAACUUCGUUUUACUAAUAAGCCACUAAAUAUCCUAAUUGCUACAUGCCUAUGAUAUGUGUAGCAGCAGUGUUUCAGUCCCUUAGACAUUAGGGCAGCUAUGGAUUAAUUAAUUACUUAUAAAUAUUACUUGAAAUAUUAGGUCAUUAAUGUGUAUCACACAAAGCAUGGGACGUUCUCUCAAUUUCGAACAGAACAUGCUGUUCUGCAGCAUAGUAUCUACUACUACUUCGCAUUUCAGUAGCGUAGCGAGAGCGAGAGAGAGAGCGAGAGAGCGCGAAAGGGAGAGAGAGAGAGAGAGUGAGAAAAGCGUGCGCGCAAGAAUAUCGAUACAUAGGAGGUUAUGUAUCGAGAAUCAGCGGACGAUGUUCAAUCGAAUAUAUAUAUAUAAUUUGUAAGCAUUCCACAAAACUUUUAAUUUUAACGACUGGGAUGAUGAGCCAUUUACUUUUUACAUAAGAGGAAGCAUCGUUUAGUUCGCGAUUAAUUGUACAUUUUUUAAGGGUAUCGAAGAAAGAGGGAAAAACCGAGUCACCUAUUUUGAUCACAAUCUUCUAACCUUGGUCAUUGGUGGCAGACCAAGGCAAUCGCAUUUUAAAGAAUAAUAUUCCAUAACGUUUAAGCAUCGAUUGCAUUUACAAGAAAAGAAGAAAAGAAUAACAAAUCCAGGACAAAUACAUUACAUGCGUGUAACAAUAAUCAGUCGAAAAAGAAACAAUUGACAAUUUUAUGAAAAUUGCCAAUAUAUAUAUAUAUAUAUACAUAUAUAGAAUACAGCACUCUCCGAAAUUACCAGCCGGUAAUUUUAAAUAAUGGAGAAGUGGUCAGCAGACGAAUGAACAUAGGACGGCCAACAGAAAGAAAUAAAAAUAUAAAGAUCCUUUUUUCGAGACACGAAUUACCGCGUUGCGUAGAUUAUUUAAAGAUUUUAUAUGUAUACAAUUGUUUCAUAUAUAUUGUAUUUUUUUAGCGCAAUCUGUUAAGUUCCUUUUUAUUGUAACAUACAAUUGUCCUCUGUCCAGCAUUACGUUGUUAACGCGAACAUGACACGCAAUUAAUUUAUAUGGCGCAAAGUGUGUGAGGAAACCGUGCGUGUUGCACUACGAUACGAAGGAAUAUCUACGCCGGCUGCCGCUCCCGCCAGAGGCGCUGCUCGUUCAUCAUGGCCGAGCACGAUCACCGGUGUGUGUCUUUUAGAGUGCAACACGGUUACAUAGGAUCGCAAUAUUAGGUUCGUAAGUUUUAGGUAGUAGAGAUCGAAUUAAAGGAAAAUGAAAAAAAACGAGCUUGCUUGAUUGUAUCUUGAAUUUGCGUAUAGCUGCGUUGAUUCGACGUUAUUCCUUUCUUUCUCUGUUUUCAUCGGUGACAAAAGACACCUCGUCCACGAUAAUACGUUGCACGUUUCUUCUUGGUUCGCAUAACCCGGCUGAAUUUAACCGCGAUGAACUCUCAUAAUAUACAUAUAUAUAUUUGAUACAUUUCAACGUGAUUUGCUCAGUACGACGAUGACGAUACUGAUUUCUCGCUAGACGGGACAAAGAACCAUAACGAUGCGUCCGUUCAGAUAUACGAGGAAGAGGAUGAAAGGGACUGUGCAGAGGCACAACGACGAUGUAUGGCAGAGUAUAAGAGGAAAAUCAAACGAUUAUGUCGCGUGUCUUUUUUUAAUUUGCGGGAUAGAUUUCGCGGAGUACAAGAGGGAUAUAAAAGAGGAGAGGAGACGGAAGAGAGGGGAGAAAAUGGUUGAUGAUGCGACGAAGAAGCGAACGUCGAAUGAAAGGGAGAAAAUGAACGAUUAAAAUGGUAAUCGUGAGAAAAACGAAAAGAGAAGGAAAGAAAAGAAAAUUCGCCCAAAUUAUGAACAACAGCAACCGAAACAACCGCAACAACAAGAACAACUUCUGUCCAGUUAGAACAAUACUAACGCUAUCAAUAAUGAACAUAUUACUGUAUGUAAUAUUUAUUGAAUAUAAAUAAUAAACUCGCCUGCGACGCGACGUUUCCUGACCACGGUACCUCCGGUUGCUUUCGUGUACUCGCGUGCGACUCGAGCGAAUAAAUGGGAGGGGGAAAUGAUUAUGGUAAUGCGUAUGAACGCGUCUUUACACGAAUGGGAAACGCCGCGGGCUAAGGUAUCUCUGUCCAUUUUUUGGUAAUUCAAGAUUAUUAAAAAUGAAAGAAAAUUAAGACUCACAAAUGUCACAGUGAUGCUACGUGCCUGCCAGGCAUAGGGUUAAUAAACAUUUUUCGUUUCAGAGACUAUGCGUUACACAUUUUCUGUUCUCUUCUUCUUUGUUUCUCUUUCUUUUCUUCGCCAGUCGAUACUGCGAAAUGUAUAUAUCAAUUUCUCGAUUCCAAUUGUCCGUUUCUUUAACGUCUAAUAAUAAUUGUAAGACAUUCGAUCGUCUACUUAUAAGUAUCUUAUAAUAAUUUACAUUUUACUGUAACAAUCUAAAUUUCUGUACAUACAUACGUUUCUUUCUUUUUUUCCAUUUUUUUUCGUUUCUUUCUGUUCAUUUCUCAUUAUUGCAGUGGAGCAUCUAGCAUCGACGGAGCUUACACAGCCUAUUCCAUCCCACGAUAAGACAAUGUCCAUUUUUAUCGUUAUAAUUAUCUAAUAUGAUAAUCGUUCACAACUAUACUUUGUACCCUAACGGAUUCUAGAAUAAUAUUUUCGACCAAUCGGUUUUACGAAUGUCUCUGGAAGACUUCCGAGUUUAACAUUAUCCCCCACCCC